CUGCUGCUGGAACACUUGGAGUGUUUGGUUUCUCGCCAUGAGCGCAGUCUGAGGAUGACGGUUGUGAAAAGACAAGCCCAGUCUCCUGCAGGAGUCUCUAGCGAGGUGGAAGUUCUCAAGGCGCUGAAAUCUCUGUUUGAGCACCACAAGGCCCUGGAUGAGAAGGUGCGGGAAAGGCUGCGAGUGGCCCUUGAGAGGGUGUCAAUGUUAGAGGACCAGCUUGCAACAUCUUCUCAAGAGGUAAUCUCUUUAAAAGACCAAAUUAAAAGACGUCAACAAGGGGUGCACGUCGGGCAAGAUCGACUAUCUAAUGGUCCCUCAUCUUGCCUGGAAGACAGCGAGCCAGAGAGGCAGAGAGAAGGCGAGAUUGAGCGACAGAGAGCAGAACUCUCCCAGCUGAGGGAUAGACUGGCCCUCAUGUGUCGGCAGGUUGGAGAAAUAGAAGAGCAGCUUGCAACCGCCAGGAGGGAGGUGACAAACUCAGAGGAGGCCAAUCAGAAGCUCCAAAGGGAAGUAAAGGAGGCUCUGUGCCAAAGGGAGGACAUGGAAGAACGAAUUACCACAUUGGAACACAGGUACCUCAGUGCUCAGAGAGAGGCAACAUCUCUCCAUGAUAUCAAAGACAAGCUAGAAAAUGAGUUGGCCAGUAAGGAGUCAUUGCACAGACAGGCGCAGAUGUUCAGUUGUUCAGAACGGGUGUUGCUAUCUUUUCAUUUGGAACAAUAUUGUACUGGUAAUUGUUUGAAGAGAAAAGGUAAUCCAUUCGAUCUGAUUCAUUUUGCCCAGGCAGAGGAGCGUCACGGAAACUUUGAGGAGAGACUUCGACAAAUGGAAGCUCACCUGGAGGAGAAGAACCAAGAACUUCAGAGGGCUAGGCAGAGGGAGAAGAUGAACGAUGAACACAAUAAGCGUCUCUCGGACACAGUGGACAAGCUUCUGUCCGAGUCCAACGAGAGACUGCAGCUCCACCUGAAGGAACGAAUGGCAGCUUUGGAGGAGAAGAAUGCCCUUUCAGAGGAGUUGGCAAAUAUGAAGAAAAUCCAGGAUGACCUACUAGCCAAUAAGGAGCAACUGCUUGCUGAAUUGGAACGAGUCCAGCUGGAGCUGGACCAAGUGAGAGGCAGACCGGGCUCUUCUUACUCCAGGGCCGGCAGUGUGAGCUCUCUUCCCUCCACACUUUUUCGAAGAUCUCUACCAGGUAGCACAUCAGAGCUGCAAUACCCACAGAGUGGAGGUUCACUUCCGAUGGGGUAUGGCAGCUCCAUUGGUGGGAUUGUGGUCCGACAGGGACAUCGAAGUCGAUGGGGGCCUCCAAAGAACGAUAGUAACGAGUACUCACAGUGGGACAGUGGGGCAAUUCUGGGUCCUGGAUUUGAGGGCUCCAUAGAGGGAGGCUGCUCAGACGACGACGGCAACAAAGAGACGAUGUUCGAAUCGGAGCUUCUUUCUCCCAACGGACAAACAGAUGUGCAGACGUUGGCAAUUAUGCUUCAAGAACAGCUCGAGGCCAUUAACAAGGAGAUCAAGCUAAUCCAGGAGGAAAAGGAAAGCACGGAGUUGAGGGCAGAGGAGAUCGAGAGUCGAGUCAGCAGAGUGUCCCUUGAUGCCCCGCUUCUUCCGCCCUCAACCUUGGGAGGACGUGACAGUGUCGGAAAAGGGUACAUGACCCCUUCGAUUACCUCCUCUACAUUGGCGUCCCCCUCACCGCCGAGUUCAGGACACACCACUCCACGUCUGCCACAUUCCCCUGCCCGGGAAACUGACCGGCAGCAGAACAGCAAAGAUGGCGAGGAGUGCCAAGCACUUGCCCUGAUCGACUCUGGCACCCCACCUGUUCCUCGAGCCCUGCGACUGGACCGAAUGACGCACACUCAUCCGGGGGCGGGCCUCGAUGACCACUGUGAUUUUCACAGUCUCUCUGCCAAUGGGUCCACGUCUAAUAGUCAGGAUUCCCUGCACAAAGCUAGCAAAAAGAAGAGCAUAAAGUCGUCCAUAGGACGUCUUUUUGGCAAAAGGGAAAAGGGGAGGAUAGGUGCAACUGGACGUGAGUCUGUGUCACUGGCCUCCACUCCCUCGGAGGACAUGGGUUCAGCCGACCCACUCAGUCUGGCCAAACUUGGGACUGGAACAGUGGAGAAGGAGCGUCGUCACAAGAAAAAACAUGACUUGUUAGAGGAGGCCUGUCGUCAGGGUCUGCCUUUCGCCCUGUGGGAUGGCCCGACAGUCGUUACAUGGCUUGAGUUAUGGGUGGGUAUGCCAGCAUGGUAUGUGGCAGCAUGUCGUUCCAAUGUGAAGAGCGGGGCGAUUAUGGCCAACCUCUCGGACACGGAGAUCCAGAGGGAGAUCGGCAUAAGCAACCCCCUGCACAGACUCAAACUCCGCCUAGCCAUCCAGGAAAUGGUCUCGCUCACCAGUCCAUCAGCACCUGCCAGCACUCGCUCUUCAACCAGUAAUGUUUGGAUGACUCAUGCAGAGAUGGAGUUUCUAGCUACAGCCACCAUGCCAGAGCAAAAGGAGUUCAGCUGGGACCAAAUCCUAGCAUAUGGAGACAUGAACCAUGAGUGGGUUGGAAACGAGUGGUUGCCCAGCUUAGGUCUACCACAGUACCGCUCAUAUUUUAUGGAGUCACUGGUGGAUGCCCGCAUGCUUGAUCACCUCACCAAGAAAGAACUUAGGGGUCAGCUGAAGAUGGUGGACAGUUUCCACAGGGUGAGUCUCCACUAUGGAAUCAUGUGCUUGAAGCGCUUGAACUACGACAGGAAGGAGCUGGAGAGAAGGAGGGACAAGAGUCAGCAUCAGAACCAAGAUGUAAUGGUGUGGUCCAAUGAACGAGUGAUGUGUUGGGUUCAAUCAAUUGGUUUGAAAGAAUUUGCAGAAAACCUUUUAGAAAGUGGUGUGCACGGGGCUCUGUUGGCACUAGACGACACCUUUGACUUCACUGACCUGGCCCUUCUCCUCCAGAUACCGAAUCAAAACACACAGGCACGGCAGCUGCUAGAGAAGGAGUACAACGCUCUUAUCUCCAUGGGAACAGAGAGGAGGCCGGAUGAGGAUGGUGCUAAAACAUUUACUCGAUCGCCAUCGUGGAGAAGGAUGUUUCGAGAGAAGGAUCUGCGAGGCGUCACCUCUGACUCCUCCGAAACCUUGCCUGCAAAUUUCCGCGCCUCUGCCAUCUCGACGCCCUCCGUCACCCUGAGAAAGGUGCAUAGUGAAGGUAAGUAAAGCCGUUUGGAUAUAAUAGCAUUUUU